AUGCAAAGGGUAAUGAAACGGCUACAUUGCCCGUCACUAAAGCUGGUGACGCGGCCUGCGGCGCAUCGAAGCUAUGCGUCGGCCGCGAAGCGCCCGUCCAAUGGACCCAAGCCCGCGCUGGAUAUCAAGCACAUCCGCCAACACCCAGAACGGUACGAGACGACAUGCAAGGAGCGCCUGUACACGGCGCAAGCGGACAACCCCGCGCGCAUCAUUGCGCUGAGCGAGCAGCUGGUGCAGCUGCAGCACAGCGGGCGGGGUCUGCGAGAGCGCGCCAACCUGCUGCGGCGGGUGCUGGCCAACCCGGCCACGCUGACCGACGACAGCACGCUCGGGGACUUGAAGGCGCUGAGCCGGGAGGAGCUGCACGCGGACGCGCGGCGCAUCAAGGAGGAGCUGGCCGAGACGGUGCGGCUCGAGACGGACGCGCAGCGGACGCUCGAGGAGCUCGCGCUGCAGCUGCCUAACCUGACGAGCGCGGAGACGCCGCGGGGCGCGGAGCCGCGCGUGCUGAGCUACAUCAACGAGAAGCCGCUGUUUGACGAGGAAGGGCGCAGCAGCAGCAGCGGCAGCCAGCACAUUUGGCGCUCGCACGUGCACAUUGGCGCCGAGCUCGGCAUCCUCGACUUUGCCAGCGCGUCGGUCACGUCGGGCUGGGGCUGGUACUACCUGGUGGGCGCCGCGGCGCAGCUCGAGCAGGCGCUGGUGCAGUACGCGCUCGCCGUCGUCACGCGCCACGGCUGGACGCAGGUUGCGCCGCCGAGCAUCGUCUACGCGCACAUGGGCGCCGCGUGCGGCUUCCAGCCGCGCGACCAGCACGGCGAGCAGCAAGUGUACGCGCUCGCGCAGACGCCCGACGACGCCGCCGCCGGCGUGCCGUCGCUCGUGCUGGCGGGCACGUCGGAGAUUCCGCUCGCCGGCAUGAAGGCCAUGACGACGCUCGACACGGCCGACCUGCCUCUCAAGCGCGUCGCCGUGUCGCGGUGCUACCGCGCCGAGGCCGGCGCCCGCGGCGCCAGCACGCGAGGCCUGUACCGCGUGCACGAGUUUACAAAGGUGGAGAUGCUGGCGUGGACGCGCGCCGAUGCCGACGCGGCCCAGGACGUCUUUGACGAGAUGCUCGACCUACAGACCGAGAUACUAGGGUCGCUGGGCCUGCACGCCCGCGUGCUCGAGAUGCCCGCCAGCGACCUCGGCGCGUCCGCCACGCGCAAGGUCGACAUGGAGGCUUGGUUCCCGAGCAGGCAAGAGCACAGCGACGGCUGGGGCGAGGUCUCGUCGGCCAGCAUCUGCACCGACUACCAGACGCGGCGUCUGCAGACGCGCGCGCGCCCCGGCGGCCACUCGGCCGGUGGCAGCGGAGGAGGAGUAGGCGGAGGGGGGGCUGCGGACGCCGGGUUCCCUUGGACACUAAAUGGCACGGCGCUGGCGGUGCCGCGCGUCCUGGCCGCGCUGCUCGAGGUCGGCUGGGAUGAAAAGGCAAAGACGGUGACGAUCCCAGAGUGUCUGCGGCCGUGGAUGGAUGGGCGCGACAAGAUUGGCCCGCCGACACCUCGAAAAUAG